AUGGCGGAUUCCGAUCUCCCACGUCGUUCUAUACGAGAUUGGCUUUUUGACGUCGUUCGUACCUCAUACCAAACCAACGCCUCAACAACUCUGGAAGAUCGACCUGCCACCGAUAGUAUACCAAGCGAUGAAGCUACGAGGCAGCCCCCUAUUAGUGCGCCAGAUGCCAGGACUCGUCUACUGGAGUCGUAUGACCGUUCGGAUCCGAUCUGCGGAGAGAGAAAAUGCAAUCACGGCACGUUCUCCCCUCGACCGGAAGAUCAAAGAGGGUUAUCGUGGGACGCAAGCUCUAUUCCACCACCAACCAGUACUGGUGAUGGGUAUCCGGGAGAGUCCAGCCGCCGGCCUGAGCUGGGCCCCAGAUCGGAAACCGUACCGUCAUUGGAGUCCUCAGCAUCAACGUUGCCUCUGAAGAAUCGCAGAACCUUGUACAUGUCAUACUACAUCCCAUUCUUCAAUUGGAUCACCCAAUAUCGAUUAUCAUGGAUCCGAGGCGAUUUGAUUGCCGCUAUGACCGUCGCAUCAAUCUAUAUCCCCAUGGCAUUAUCCCUGUCCGAGAACUUAGCGCAUGCUCCCCCCGUCAAUGGCCUAUAUGCCUUUGUGUUCCACCCAUUUAUAUACGCGAUACUGGGAAGCAGUCCUUUACUGGUAGUCGGGCCAGAAGCGGCUGGUUCCUUGCUUGUCGGCCAAAUCGUCAAGAACAGCGUUAGCCAAGGACACUCGGGGGAAGAUGACCCAAUUGCAAAUGCAAUGGUCGUGGGUGUGGCAACUGCCAUGGCAGGUGUCAUGAUAUUGGUUGCUGGCUUGACUCGUCUGGGGUUUCUGGAUAAUGUGCUGAGUCGGCCUUUUCUGAGGGGAUUCAUCACUGCUAUUGGUUUUGUGAUUUUCGUGGACCAGCUUAUUCCGGAGGUUGGAUUGACGGACCUGUCAAAGGAUACCGGUGUAAGCCAUGGAACGACAGUGGAAAAGUUGGUGUUCUUUUUCAGAAACAUAAGGAACUGCCAUGGCUUGACAAGUGCAGUAUCACUUGGCAGCUUUGGCAUCAUCAUGAUGUUCCGGACUAUCAAAAAGAUGCUCGAGCGCCGAUUUCCCCAGGUCAUCUACUUUCCGGACCGCUUGCUCGUGGUUAUCCUCUCAGCCGUCCUGACAUGGCGUUUCGGUUGGGAUCAAAAAGGGCUAGAUAUUUUGGGGGAAACCAAGAACGACAGUGGUGGAAUAUUCGAUUUCGAAUGGCCAUUCGACUUCGGUGAUAUGAGACGCGUUCGUACAGCCUUGAGCACCUCGUUCAUCAUUGCACUACUUGGCUUUUUCGAAUCUUCUGUCGCGGCCAAGGGUCUGGGCGAAGGUACCAGUGACGGCGUCAAAGGCAUGACCGUCAGUGCGAACAGAGAAAUGGUAGCGUUGGGCGUUUCGAACGUUGUGGGUGGGUGUUUCAUGGCGCUUCCUGCCUUUGGGGGAUACGGAAGGAGUAAGGUCAAUGCUUCCACCGGAGCACGAUCUCCAAUGAGCAGUGUUUUCCUGAGUAUCAUCACGCUUGUCUCUAUCCUAAUUUUAUUGCCAUAUCUCUACUAUCUUCCGAAAGGAGUCCUUUCCGCCAUGAUUUCCGUCGUCGCCUUUUCCCUCAUUGAGGAGUGUCCACAUGACGUCGCAUUCUUCAUCCGCCUACGAGGCUGGUCAGAACUGGUACUAAUGCUUCUCAUUUUCGUCGCGACCAUGUUCUAUUCGCUAGAAUUGGGAAUCGCUCUCGGAAUCGGCCUCUCCAUCUUAAUUCUCAUACGCCACUCCACACAACCCCGAAUCCAAAUUCUGGGCAAAGUCGCCGGUACACAUGACCGCUUCGACAACGCCGAACUCCACCCCGACAAAGUCGAGUUGAUCGAAGGCGCAUUGAUCGUUAAAAUCCCUGAACCCCUCACGUUUGCCAACACCGGCGACUUGAAAAACCGUCUCCGCCGUCUGGAAUUUUACGGCUCUACCCACGCGCAUCCCUCUCUUCCCCGAAUGCGUCCUCCAGAGCAUAACAAGAACAUCAUCUUUGAUGUUCACGGUGUAACCAGCAUCGAUGGCUCAGGAACACAAGUUCUAUUUGAAAUUGUCAAAUCGUACGCAGAUGUCGGGACGAGGGUGUUCUUCUGUCGUCUCGCCAAUCGCGAUGUUUUCGGGAGAUUUGAGAGAAGCGGCAUCGUGGAAGAGUGUGGUGGCCUGUCACAUUUCUUGCCUAGGGUCGAUGAUGCGCUGCGGAUGGCCGAGUCUGAGGAGCGGAUUUUGGAUUCUUGA